CGUUCUCGGGGCGGGGCCAUGAAGCAUCGCUACCAUCACGCUAGACGAAGGAGUCCUGUCUAACUUGCUCUGCUAACUCAUGCCGUGACAAUUUUACGUUUCCUUUUGUAGUCGUGUCGCCAGUUUCCAUAGACACGUGGAUUUAUGAUGGAAACAACUAAUUGCUCGUGAAGGCUGCUGUUGUUUUACGCCAAGCAGACCCGUUAAGGACAUUGAUUUGCUUCAAACUAGCCGGGAAGAGCUAGCGCGGCUAAUCAUUACAUACUCACACACUGCCUGCCAUCACAUCCAGCAAGACGGACAACACGAGUCCACAAGUCGGCGUUUGGACGUUCCUGGAACUGCAAUGGAGAAGGCGGAUUUCUUGAAAGGACUUCCUGUCUACAACAAGAGCAACUUCAGCAGGUUUCAUGCAGACUCUGUUUGUAAAGCAUCUAAUCGGAGGCCGUCUGUGUAUCUUCCAACACGCGAAUACCCCUCUGAACAAAUUAUUGUAACAGAGAAAACCAACAUCCUCUUGCGUUACCUCCAUCAGCAGUGGGACAAAAAGAAUGCUGCAAAGAAAAGGGAACAGGAACAAGGAGAGGGCGACAGCCCAGCUCCCCCGAGGAAGAUCGCCCGGACAGAUAGCCAAGAAAUGAAUGAGGACUCAUAAGUGUAUAUAUGUGUGUUUGAGUGUGUGUGUGUGUGCGUGCGUGCGUGCGUGUUUGUGUACACACAAGGCAUAGCCAAUAGAGCUCCAGUAGCUGAUGUUACGCAAUCCUUUCACCCAACACUCAAUGCCACUUUGGCAGGAAGCUGCACUGUUUAAAUCCAUAGAUGUGUACAGUGCUGUGCAAGAGUCUGAGGCCAUCAUUAGACUUGUUGUUGUAGCAGUGCUAUAUUGACCAUACAGUAUAAUUAUAUCUCAAUGACUUACGUUAUAGGAACAUAUCUAGGAAAUAUGGGAAACAUGGAAAAAAAAAACUAAAUUCUACAGGUUUAAGUGUCAAGUAUUUAGUGUGACCUAAAAACAAUCCCACGACCCUGGCUCUCUUCAAACUGGAGUGGAACCCUACAUAAUGUUAUUGAUGAAACCUGUGUUUGUUCCACUACUUCAUGUCAGCAAACAUCUGAUGUGAAAAAGAGCAUUACAUACACAUGUUGUAUGAGUUUAAGUGACACAAUGUAGGACUACAACCUUCAAAAAAUAUUAUUAUAAUGGUACAUCAACUUCCAACAGGGUGAAUAGCACCCUCAUCAAAUCCACCGGACAGGUCUGCAUCGCCUGUAUUGGCACUAUGGAACUUUCAAGUUCUGCUACAUAUCGCUCUGUGGAUUUAAAGAGCGGAGUGAACUCUUGACGGCUUGAAACUGGCACUUGUGUCGUCCAUGUUUGCCGGAGGUUUUCUUGUCAAGAAUGGUGGUGUAAACAAACUUGAGUCACGUGACAUUCGGAGCUCUAUAUAAACAAACAAAAGAAGGAAUAUCCCUUUUGAAUACAGACAUCUGUUCUUUCUCUACUGUGGCAGGAUUCCUCUCCUGGCACGAAAUUUAAGAAUAACUCAUGAUUUUGGAAGGAACAAGUAACCAUUAAAGGUCUAAUGUGUAGCAAUUAGUAGCAUCUGAUGGUGACACUGCAGAUUGUAACAAUGCCCAAAUGGCUUUAGGGAACUACGGUGGCCUUCUCAUACCAGAAUGUAUGUAAUUUGUCUUUAUUUAACCUUCUGCUUUAAAAUCAAUUCAACCUGCUGUAGAAACAAAGUGGCCUCUGUAAAUCAAGGCCCUUACCUUAAAGUAAGGAUCUCUCUCUUUUUUUAUUCUUUUUUUUUACUAAUUGCAUACUUAUACAAACAUACCUUUGCAUAGUAUAUUCUGCCUCCUAAAUGUUACACAUUGGACCUUUUUAAAGGUGUAAAGAUAAAGCAGUUGAAAAGAUGUCGCACUCAGGCCGGGUUCACACUGGAUACAAGCGUCACAGAACGUCCUUGCUUUUCAUUAGGCACAUAUUAACUGACGAGAGCGUCCACACUGCCUGUGUGGGACGUGCACUUCAGGUUUUCAGCCGUCAUGCUCGGCACACGUGUUCAGUGUGAACCUGGCGCCAUUGAAAGUGAGGGAACUUUAUACAUAUGUUUAUUUAAUUAAUGUAGGCUAUUCCCUGUGUGAGUUAGUGUACAAAUGUGUAUAAGUAUGUGUGCAUGCAUCUGUUGUACAGUACGUGUGAGAUGAAUGGAAAAAGUCAGUAGAUGUAAAAUCAGAGAUGGACUCAACAGAGGAAGUUACCAUUAAAAUCUGUCUCAUAACUGUUACAUGACUUGUGUAGCCUCCUGGAGAGUCUGUCCUGAUUUGUGCAAAGAUAAUGUUUUGUUACUGUUUUAAUUUUAUUAUAAGUUUAAUUUUUAAUUUUUUUUUUUUUAAUAUUGGCAACGAGCUUCCUGCCAGCCACAGUGCCCAAGUUUCACUGCCCACUCUGCAGCCACAUGGGGGCAUUGCAACAUUUGUCCACACUGUUUGAAUCAGCAGAACUAAGGAUGCACUGUGAAGAACAGCACAAAGUAGAACCAACUCUUCCCCCCCUUGAUGUGUGUCUAUGGUGAAUAUGCAUAUCUUCGUUCUAUUCUGGGACUUGUGCUGCUAGAAUAAAUGUUGUUAGGGUGUCUCGGAGAAAUAUUUCUUACACGCAUAUUUUUAGCACCAUCUUCUGCCCAGUCAAAGCUAGUAAGAACAGGUUUAGUCUUUCUGUUAUCGAGGGAUGUGAAAGACAAAAGAAGGAAAACGUUGCAUCCAAAUGUGAAAAUGUUUGUUGGGGGGUUUCAGUUGUGCGAACUGAUAACGACACAGAUGGUGAAGAAAAAUAUGUAUCGUAUAGUAUGGAAAAGUGAAACAUGAUUAGUUUGUCUGUAAAUAAUUACAAAUAACACAUGGAAAAUAUCAUUGUCUCUGCCUUUUUGUAAAAUAAGACACAUUUGUGGAGACGGAAGAAAAGCUAAUUCAUGAAAGUUAAUAAGAUAAGAAGCCCCAGUGCCCUGUCAGUGUUUUCUUGCAUGUUGAUGUUUUCAAGACUGGGUCUUGUAUUCCUGGACCAGUAAUAGAACGUGCGGCGUGUUGGGCUUGAUGUGUUGUCUCCUGUUAUGAAUAUGGAAGGUAUCGUUCUAGAGGCCUCACAACCUGUUGUUAUGCUUCAGAACUUUGCUCCCCGAUGUCAGGGCCGGGGUUAUCUGCACCGUGCGCUCCGUCGUUGUGACGGCUCGCACGGUUUGUUGUCUGAAAACUGGUUUAGAUGAACAGCUGCCAUCCUGCCUUGUUCCACACAUUCAGUUUGAGAACUUAAAGCUUUUUUUUUUUUUUUUAAUGUUCUUAGCACUGCCCUCGUAUCAGUUGACACUCAGUGUGGGUUGAUAUGUGUGUGGUCAGUCAUCUGCCUGCCUACAUGGAAUCUACAAAAAAUCAUAAGCUUCUGCAUUUGAGACUGUUUUAUUACACCCUAAGCCUUGCUCCAUCUCAUGUGUGUUUGACAAAACGUGUUCUUUUUAGCUUUGCUGAAAUAAAACUGGAUUGAAACUGGA